ACUCUCUUAUCCAUCAUCCCUCCACCCCUGGGGCAAAGUCACAGGAGGAGGGACCUCUCACCCAAGGCACUGGGGAAACAUCCCCCGGGCACCCCAGAGCAGCCAUGCACCUCCCACAGUGGACUGCAGCCUGGGUGCUCCUGCUCCACGGCUGUGCUGCAGGCCAGCCACCACAGGCUGUCUCCACCAGGACUGAUGUCCGGAACUGCUCUGCAGACCCACCGUACCUGCCAUCCACUGCCACCAACACCACAGCAAGGCUCGCUGCUCUGCGGGGCACCAUGCGAGCCCACGGUGUCCAUGCCUACAUCGUGCCCUCCACGGACGCCCACAUGAGUGAGUACAUUGCGGAGCGGGAUUCCCGGCUGGGCUGGCUGACCGGCUUCACGGGCUCUGCAGGCACCGGUGUGGUCACACAGGACAAGGCUGCCCUCUGGACCGACAGCCGCUACUGGACCCAGGCAGAGAGGCAGCUGGACUGCAACUGGGAGUUGCAGAGGACAACAUGGAUCGAGUCCAUAGGACAGUGGAUCAUGGAGGCGGUUCCUGUUGGGGGGAAUAUCAGCUUGGACCCCUUCCUCUUCUCCAUCGACACCUGGAACAGCUACAGCCAAGCUCUGCAUGGCUCUGGCAGGACUCUGCUGCCCAUCGAGACCAACCUUGUGGAUCAAGCGUGGGGUGACCAGAGACCCCCUCCACCCUCCGGUGAGAUCUACAGCCUCCCGGCAGCAUUCACAGGGAGCAGCUGGCAGGAGAAGGUGGCUGGGAUCCGGCAGCAGAUGGAGCAGCACGUUCGACGGCCCACGGCUGUGCUGCUGUCAGGGCUGGAGGAGACAGCCUGGCUCUUCAACCUCCGUGGAGAUGACAUCCCCUACACUCCUGUAUUCUACGCCUACACCCUGCUGACCAACACCAGCAUAAGCCUGUUUGUGGAUAAGCUGCGGCUGACGGCUGCGGCACAGCUGUCCCUGCGGGCAGACUGCCCGGGGCCGCUGUGCGUGGAGCUGCAGGACUACAGCCAGGCACUUGUCCACCUCCGCCUCUAUGCCCACGGUAAUGUCACCAUCUGGCUGGGCACCCAGUACACUUCCUACGGCCUCUACAGUGUCAUCCCCCAGGAGAAGCUGCUGGAGGACAGCUACUCCCCCGUCAUGCUGGCCAAGGCUGUGAAAAAUGUCAAGGAACAGGAGAUGCUGCGAGCCGCUCACGUUCGGGACGCGGUGGCUGUCAUCCAGCACCUGCUGUGGCUGGAGAAGAUGGUCCCUCAGGGGCAGGUGGACGAGUUUUCGGGGGCACAGCACAUCGACAUGCUCCGCCAGGCCCAGGAGCACAGCCACGGGCCCAGCUUCCAGUCCAUCUCUGCCAGCGGGCUCAACGCAGCGCUGGCCCACUACAGCCCCUCCAACGGGAGCAGCCAGAAGCUGUCUGUGGAUGAGAUGUACCUUUUGGACAGUGGAGGGCAAUAUCUCGAUGGGACAACAGACAUCACACGGACUGUGCACUGGGGCGUGCCCACCCCACUCCAGAAGGAAGCCUAUACCCGUGUGCUGAUGGGCAACAUUGACCUGUCCCGCCUCGUCUUCCCAUCCAACACGGCAGGGAAAGCGGUGGAGUCCUUUGCCCGCCGGGCGCUCUGGGACGUGGGACUCAACUAUGGCCACGGGACUGGCCAUGGCAUCGGCAACUUCCUCUCAGUCCACGAGUGGCCCGUGGGCUUCCAGUCCAACAACGUGCCGCUGACAGCUGGCAUGUUCACCUCCAUUGAGCCCGGCUACUACCAGGAUGGCGAGUUUGGGAUCCGCAUUGAGGAUGUUGCCCUUGUGGUGGAGGCUCAGACCAAGCACCAGAGCGGCGAGAAGCCCUUCCUGACCUUCGAGGUGGUAUCGCUGGUGCCCUAUGACCGCAACCUCAUUGACCUCAGCCUCCUGUCACCGGAGCAGAUCAGGUACCUGAACACCUACUAUGAGACCAUCCGGGCACGCGUGGGGCCGGAGCUGCAGCGGCAGCAGCUGGAGGAGGAGUACCGCUGGCUGCAGAGGAGCACGGAGCCCUUCCCGCUGAGCAGUGCCGCCACCACUGCCACCGCCACCAUGGGCAUGCUGGCCCUCACAUCCUUCCUCCCCACACUGCUCAUUGGGCUGCAGGCCUGACCCUGUGCUGGCCCCACGCCAGCCCCUUCCCUGCUGUGGCUGUUUCUUCUCCCUGUCUCUCACUUCCUUUUUUUUUGUUUUCUAUUUGCUCAUUUGUGAUUAAACAUGAGCAACACCGGUGGUGCCUGCGCACGGCUGCUCCCUGCCGCGGCAGUCCUGCGUGC